GGGACUGGGGGGGGGCACACACACACACAUGUCCUGGCUGGUGGCAUUCUCUUGGCUAAAAAUACCCCCCUGUUCCAGCACUGGAUUAAGGGACACGGUGGGCGGACGGCGGGGACACAGCCUGGAACCCCCAAACACCGCCUGGCACCCCCAAACACCGCCCGCCGCUCCAGGCCAGCGCAGAGCUGCGGGGGGGGCCAACGGUGCGGCCCCUGCAGUCGGCGCGUUCGCUGCCCGGAACCCCACACUGUCUGAAGCAUUUCCCAGUUGACCUGCGCACCUCCAUGGAUGGCAAAUACAAGGAGAUCGCUGAGGAGCUGUUUUGCCGCUCGCUGGCCGAGAGCGAGAUGCGCACCGCACCCUAUGAGUUCCCAGAGGAGAGCCCCAUCGAGCAGCUGGAGGAGCGGCGCCAGCGCCUCGAGCGCCAGAUCAGCCAGGACGUCAAACUCGAGCCCGACAUUUUGCUCAGAGCCAAACAGGACUUCUUGAAAAUUGACAGUGCCGCGGACUUACAGCUCUUCAAGGAGCAGAGCGAGGACCUGGUGGACCAUGUCCCCAAGGAGCGGGAGGCGCCGCUGGAGCGGGAGUUCCAGCGGGUCACCAUCUCCGGGGAGGAGAAGUGCGGGGUUCCCUUCACGGACCUUCUGGAUGCGGCCAAGAGUGUGGUGAAGGCGUUGUUCCUACGGGAGAAGUACAUGGGGUUGUCACUGCAGAGCUUCUGUAAAACCACUGCCCGGUACCUGCAGGAGCUCUCUGAGAAACCCCUGGAGACCUGUGGCUACGAGGAGGUGCCUGAGACCCCUGUGGCAGCUGAUGCCCCCGUGCAUCCCCCAUUUGCCGAACAGCACCCUUAUGAGAAGUGGGACCCCCAGACCAUGCCACCUGAUCUGGGCUUUGGGCUGAAGAUGGUGGGUGGCGUGGUGCACGUUUACACCAAGCAGGACGUCACUGACAAGAGCACGGAGCUGGACUUGCCAUACCCCGAUCUGCAGGAGUUCAUUGCCGACAUGAAUUUCCUCAUGGCUUUGAUCAUCAAUGGGCCCAUCAAAUCCUUCUGCUACCGCCGGCUGCAGUACCUGAGCUCCAAGUUCCAGAUGCACGUGCUGCUCAAUGAGAUGAAGGAGCUGGCGGCCCAGAAGAAGGUCCCCCACCGCGACUUCUACAACAUCCGCAAGGUGGACACCCACAUCCAUGCCUCGUCCUGCAUGAACCAGAAGCAUCUCCUGCGCUUCAUCAAGAGAGCCAUGAAGAAGCACUUGGAUGAAAUUGUCCAUGUGGAGAAGGGCAAGGAGCAGACGCUCAAGGAGGUCUUUGAGACGAUGAACCUCACCGCCUAUGACCUGAGUGUAGACACACUGGAUGUCCAUGCGGACCGCAACACCUUCCACCGCUUUGACAAGUUCAACGCCAAGUACAACCCUAUUGGUGAGUCCAUCCUGCGGGAGAUCUUCAUCAAGACGGACAACCGCAUCUCAGGGAAGUACUUUGCCCACAUCAUCAAGGAGGUGAUGUCUGACCUGGAGGAGAGCAAGUACCAAAACGCCGAGCUGCGGCUCUCCAUCUACGGCCGCUCUCGGGAUGAGUGGGACAAGCUGGCCCGCUGGGCCGUCAACCACCGCGUCCACUCCAACAACGUCCGCUGGCUUGUGCAAGUGCCCCGGCUCUUCGAUGUCUACCGAACAAAGAAGCAGUUGGCCAACUUCCAGGAGAUGCUGGAGAACAUCUUCCUGCCCCUCUAUGAGGCCACUAUCCACCCUGCCCAACAUCCAGAGCUGCACCUCUUCUUGGAACAUGUGGAUGGCUUUGACAGCGUGGAUGAUGAAUCCAAACCAGAGCAUCACAUCUUCAACCUGGACAGCCCCUUGCCGGGCAACUGGGUGGAGGAGGACAACCCCCCCUACUCCUACUACCUGUACUACAUGUAUGCCAACAUGACAGUGCUCAAUCACCUCCGACGGAAGCGAGGCUUCCACACCUUUGUCCUGCGCCCGCACUGUGGUGAGGCCGGCCCCAUCCAUCACCUCGUCUCGGGCUUCAUGGUCUCCGAGAACAUCUCCCAUGGCUUGCUGCUCCGCAAGGCCCCUGUCCUGCAGUACCUCUACUACCUGGCACAGAUUGGCAUCGCCAUGUCCCCGCUGAGCAACAACAGCCUCUUCCUCAGCUACCACCGCAACCCCUUGCCUGAGUACCUCUCUCGGGGGCUCAUGGUCUCCCUCUCCACCGACGACCCCCUCCAGUUCCACUUCACCAAGGAGCCGCUGAUGGAGGAGUACAGCAUUGCCACCCAAGUCUGGAAGCUCAGCUCCUGUGACAUGUGCGAGCUGGCCCGCAACAGUGUCCUGAUGAGCGGCUUCUCCCACAAGGUGAAGAGCUACUGGCUGGGGCCUCACUACCUGAAGGAGGGUCCAGAGGGCAAUGACAUCCGUCGCACCAAUGUCCCCGACAUCCGUGUGAGCUACCGCUUCGAGACGCUGUGUCAGGAGCUGACCCUCAUCACGCAGGCAAUGCAGACUGAGGAGCUGGAGACCAUCCAGGAGGAGGAUGCCCUCACCAUCACCUCCACCCUGGGCGCCCACUGACCCCCUGUUGGGCUCCCACUGGGACCCCUCUGUCUCCCCGCAUCCCUCCAGGGCUUUGCCACUUUCCCCCUCCUGCUACCUCCCGCCCUGGGAAGGGGACGCUCCCCACCACUGUCCCCUGGGCCCCACCAGUGCCACCUUGCAGGGUCGGGUUUGCUGAAUUCUCUCCGUUUCUUGUUUUUGAGGUUUUUUGGUCUGUCUUUGUUGUUUUUUUGUUUUUUGUUUUUUUUUUUUAACUGGUGUUUCCCAGCAGGGUUGGCUCCUGCCAGGCUUGCUGGCAUGAGGGCAAGGCUCCAGGAGGUGACAUGGGUGCAGGCACCACCAGGGGGUCCUGGUUUCACCUCCUGGGCUCAGGACAUGGUGACGAGUUGGGGGACAUCAGUGCUGGGCAUGGGGACAUUUUGGGGACACCCAGCCCAGGAGCAAGGCCUAGGUCCUUAUCCUUUUUAAUUGCCUGUCCUUCUCUCCGUCCACUUUCUUGCCCCGUGGGGACAUGGGGACAAGCCGGCAGCACCCCAGGGACCCAAACGCAGGCUCUCUGCGCCCCCAGGCUCUUCUUGCUCCCUCCUGUGGGGAUGCCAUAUCGGUGGGAACCUGGUGGCCCAGGGUAUGUGUGGUGCUGACUGGAGGGGACGGUACUGGGUGGAGGAUGCUCCGUCCUCCUCAUCACCACAGGCAGGAAGGCAGAGGAACCAGGGUGAUGCAUGUCCCUGACCCCACGCUCCCAGGAGCUGUUUGUGGCCCGGAUCGGGCUGGAUGAGGCUUCUCCCUUCCUGGUGGGGUAUUACCCCAUCCUUGUGCCCCCCUGCAUCCCAAUCCUGCCUCCCCCUGCGCUCCAGAGCUGGCGGCUGAUGCUCCCAGGAAAACACGAUGGCGACGAAAAAAAGAAACAAAAGAAAAAAAAUG